AUGGAUACUGCAAACUUAGAAGAUCAGAGUGAUUCCAAUGUCAAUAGUCCUGCUCUUUUGAACUUAUCAAAUGACAAACACUCGGAAAAAGGUAAAAGUGAGUAUCGAAUUCUCUUAAAUGCUUUAAUUGAUGUAGCAAGGUUCAUCUUGAAACAAGGAUUGCCAUUUUUGACUGAUGAGGAAAGAAAAUGUUUGGGGGACAAAGGUAAUUUUGAAGCAUUCUUGGAAUGGUAUGGGAAUCACGUCGUUCCUGAUGUGGGAAGAGUUAUAUCAGAAAAUGCUGAAAUGCAUCAAAACAUGAUUGCCCCAAGUGUCCUGAAAAACAUUGUGAAUGUUUAUGCAAAGGAAACAAUUAAAAGAAUUGUUGAAGACUUAAAUGGAGAUUAUUUUGGAAUAUUAGUUGAUAAGUCAGACGGUUUGUGUGAUGAUAACUCUGCACAAUCAUUGAAAGAAACUAUAGAUUCUUUGAUUACGAGUUACUCACUCAGUCCAUCUAAGAUACGUGCACAAGGGUAUAAUGGAGACGCUAACAUGGUAAGUGAGAUCAAUGAUCUUAAGACACUAAUUUUACAAGAUAACCUGUCGGCAUAUUGCACUCAUCACUUUGCCCAACCACUACAUUUGACACUUGUAUCUGUUGCUAAAAGACAACGUGAUGCUGAUGAUUUCUUUGGUAUGCUCUCUUUUAUGUUGAAAAAGUAUGAUGAGCUUGAGAGAUCAGGUAAUGCUCCUUUGGAAUCUUUUUUUGAAACAUUACGUAGUUUCAUUACUAUAUUUCCAUCAGUUGUUCACAUAUUAGAAGUUAUUGCGACUAACGAUGUAUGCUCUUCUGAGAGAAUGUGGGCAGAUAGUCUUUUGGAUGACCUACAAUCAUUUGAGUUUGUUUAUAUGCUACACGUGAUGUUCAAAGUACUGUUGAUCACAAAGGAGUUGGAUAUAGUCUUACAAAGAAAAGAUCAAGAUAUUGUAAAUGCUUUGAAACUCGUUGGCACGACAAAGAGACAAUUUGAAAUGAUGAGAGAUGGUGAAUGGGAACAUUUGAUGGAUGAUGUCUCUUCAUUCUGUGUUAAACAUGAUAUUUUGAUUCCUAAAAUGGAUGACCUCUAUGUUAUCCCUAGAGGAUUGAAGCGCAAGGUAUCUACCGUCACAUAUUCAUAUCACUACCGCGUGAAAGUUUUUGAUGCUAUUAUUGAUUCACAAUUGCAAGAGCUUGACAGGUGUUUUGAUACAGUGAAUAAUGACUUACUUCUUGGCAUGACUAGUUUGAGCCCAGUAAAUUCGUUUGCUAAUUAUGACAAGGACAAAAUAAUGAGAUUAGCAAAAUAUUAUCCAAAUGAAUUUAGUGACGACAAACUUCAAGAACUCAGUUGCCACCUUGAUAAUUACAUUGUUUAUAUGCGACAGUGUGACAAUAAGUUCUCGAACUUGAAGGGACUUGGCGAUCUUUCUAAGAUGUUUGUUCAGAAAAAGUUGCAUUUAACAUGGCCAUUAGUUUAUUUGCUUUUGAAGUUGAGUUUGAUUCUUCCAGUUGCCGAUGCAAGUGUGGAAAGAGCAUUCUCUUUUGUGAAAAAGAUCAAAAAUGAAAUGCGCAAAAAAAUUGAUGAAGAUUUUUUCAAUGAUUGUUUAGUCUGUUACAUCGAAAAUGAAGUAUUUGAAAGUGUAUCAGAUGCUGCAAUUGUUAAUCAGUUUCAUGGUAUGGAGAAAAUUUGA